AUGCGCUUCUCUUGGAUUCUUAUUCACUUAUGCGUACAAAUAAGCGCCUCACAGCUUUUCGAGGAUGGAGAAUUCGAUUCAAGGGAGCUGGGCUCCCCAGGAAACAUCAUAAGCGAAUCCAACGACGAUAGAUAUUUCUCACGAGAUGAGCCUCGCGUGUCCAUCAUAGAUGUUCCAGAGUGGCCCAACAGAGAAGCGCUUCACCAUUUGGGCGACAUCAGUGCUUCGGCCCCGUUAGACGAGGAAGGACGUGACGUCCUUGUACUUCAUCGAGGUGAUCGUGAAUGGAAUCUCCUGACAUUCGAUGAACACAAUGUACUACGUGACCAGUCCAAGGGACCAAUAAAGGACGGCGUUUUGGCUCUGCUACACAAGGGUGUGCUCCGGGAAACCAGUUUACCGAACACUUUUUACAUGCCACACGGUUUGACGGUGGAUCCCGAAGGGAAUAUAUGGGUCACCGAUGUUGGUUUACACCAAGUUUUCAAGUUCAGUCCAGACAAAACCCAACUGAUGGUUUUGGGCGAGAAGUUUAAACCUGGAAAUGAUUCGGGACACUUUUGUAAACCAACUCAUGUUGCAGUCGCAUCCACUGGUGAUUUUUUCGUCUCUGACGGAUAUUGUAACAACCGAAUAGUGAAGUUUCGUUCUGACGGUACGGUAAUUACUCAAUGGGGAAAGAAAGUUCGAAGCCAUGAAACCCCAGGACCUUAUGAACUGAAUGUCCCACACGAGUUGGUUCUAUUGGAAGACAGUGAUACGUUGUGUGUGGCCGAUCGGGAAAAUCGUCGUGUUGUAUGUUACUGCGCCGGUCUAACCCCAGAAACAGAACACCUGGCAGGUGAAUAUCGAUACGAGAUCCGCGAACCGGGACCCGUGUAUGGAGUUGCUGUGAGUCCUGCAGCUAACGCCCUGGUAAUCUUGGUGAACCAAAACAAUGAACAAGGCUCGGUUGACAUUCGUCUGUACGACCUGGACACAAAAGAACGGCUCGGAAUACUGGCCGAUGAGGACGAGGGAUACGGGAAAGCCCAUACAGUCUCCGCUUGCACAGGUGACAGCGAGCAAGGAUGCAUUAUUGUGAACAGUUUGAACAAAGCAGGUCAGCAGAAGGAUGCUCGAAACAAAUCAGUUCGACGUCGCCUCUGGCUCUAUGAAGUUCAAGCAGUCGAAUAAUUUUGUUUUUGCACCUGUUCCCACGAAAUCCUCCGUCGCCAUAUUUUUAAAUUGUCCAUUUGUUGUGCUUUCGCGUCUUGUCUGUCGUUGUCACAUGUCUUCUUUCCCCUUCAAGAGCACUGGGCGAG